UGAAAAAUAUACAAUUUAUUUUUUUGUUUUUUCCAACUUUCCUUGAAACAAUUAUGUUACAGUACUUCCCCACCGCUCCAUAAAAUGAAGCAACUUAAGCAAUCUUUUCACUCUUCCUUUCAACAAAAAGCAUCAAAAGUUUAAUCCAAAACCUCGAAAUGGCGUCCCAAACCGACGACGACGACAUAACCUGCCGAUUCCGCUUCUUCCAAGUCCACAAAGACGGCCGAGUAGAAUUAUUCUACCAUUUCUAUCCCCAUUCCGAUCCCAACAUCCCACCGUCCGACGACCCUUCCACAGGAGUCCGAUCAAAAGACGUCACAAUCUCAUCCCACUCACCGGUCUCGGCCCGAAUCUACCUUCCCAAAUCGGCCAAACCCGACCGGAAACUCCCCCUCCUGUACAUCCACGGCGGCGGUUUCUGCAUGGAGUCCGCGUUCUCUUCCACCUACCACGGCUUCGUCAGCAACCUCGUCGCCGAAGCCAGCGUCAUGGCCGUUUCGGUCGAGUACGGCCUCUUUCCAGAACGGCCAAUCCCGGCUUGCUACGACGAGUCGUUUAUAGUCCUCCAGUGGAUCGCUUCCCAUUCCGAUGGAAACGGACCCGACGCUUGGCUAAACGACCACGCGGAUCUCAAGCGGGUUUUCAUAGGCGGAGAUAGUGCUGGAGCGAAUAUUACGCAUACGGUAGCUUCUCGGAUCGGGUCGAACGGGUUGGGGGAUGUGAAAGUGGUCGGGUUGAUCAUGGUCCACCCGUUUUUCGGAGGAAUGGAAGAUGAUGACAUGUGGAUGUAUAUGUUUCCCGGGAAUACAGGGUUGCAGGAUCCGAGAUUGAAACCGGCCACAGAGGAUCUAGCAGGGCUUGCUUGUGAGAGGGUUUUGGUGUUUUUGGCGGAGAAAGACCAUUUGUUGGCUGUUGGGAAGAGUUAUGUUGAGGAGUUGAAGAAAAGUGGAUGGAAUGGUAGUCUUGAGGUUUUUGAGUCUUUGGGAGUCGAACAUUGCUUCCAUCUGUUUCAACCCAAUUCAGAAAAUGCUUUGGAUUUGGUUAGUAAGUUUGCUUCUUUUCUUAAUAAAGUUGUCUAAAUGGAUUUUGGUCUAUUUUAAAUGGCAGUGGAAGGUAAUAAAACUGUAUUUUGCA